UCAGUGCCGUGGCGUUCCUUAUAUGCAGAUUGAAAAGGUUCAGUUAAGCUAUUGUCAUUUAAAUAGGCAGUUAGUUGUGAAGUCGCCACUUUCUCGCAACACUUCGAAACAAACGGAAGAUUCGAUAUAGGUCUAUAGUUGAGCAGUUCUUCAUGGUCCAAAGAGGACUUCUUAAGUAAAGGUGAAACAACUGCUUCUUUCAAUGAUGUAGGGAGUAUAGAAAGUUCCAAARAUAGGUUAACAAUACGGGUGAUUACAGGAUACAACAAAUCAGUACACUCCUUCAUGAUGGAAGCUGGAAUUGGAUCAAGCACACAAGAUUUGACAGCGGACGCACCAACAUAGGUUGACAGCUCCUCAACAGCUCCUCUUUAAUGGAUGAGCAUAUUCAGAUUAAACACAGCUGGCCCACUUUUUCACUCACACACAUUGCCACUACAUUUAAUAAUAAAUCAAUCAGCUCGUGAGAGAUUGUUGCUCAGCCAAUAAAAAUGCCUGGAUGCGGUACCGUCAUAGUCACUGAAUGGCAUGGCACGUCAAUACCUUUUAUUUUUCGUCGUACGAGAUUCACUUUUAUCAAGGCCUUGCAUUCUAACAAGGAACUACCCUCGAAUAAAAUGAUAAACAAAAUAUUCAAUAUUGAUCCUAGAACCAGCUUUGCAUCGUGCAGAAUGAGUAGUGGUCAAAGAUUUUCCUAGUGACAUUUUUUCCAAAAUGUCUUUCUUGAAUUUUUGGGAUUUUUUUAGUUAUUUUACUCAAAAGAGCUGAUAAUUUUGGAAUUAUUGAUAACAUUGUCCGUUCUUGUUAUCUUAUUGGUCAAACAAAACGUUUCCUAGUCUUCAAAUGCAGCUGGAAGAAGAUUUUACUCUUUGGAUUUUGUUCGCUUACAGGUGGCCCGAGUAAUGAGCAAUUUUUGAUCCACCUGUUUGAUAACUUUGUGUAUAAAUUAUCAACGACAAAGCUUGCAGCUGAUAGGAUAACUCUUGGUAUAACGGCUCUUGUUCUUCAAAACAUUUAAAUAAUUGAUUAUCCACUGGUUAAUGUGUUAAUUACUUAGCACAAAAAAACCCUCUUUUGACGCAAUUUGAUCGUAGAGUGUUAAUCUUGAAUUAACGUUGAAUCCGCUUCAAUGUGAGAAGCUUUUAUUGACUGGAAUAUAAAGUAUGGUCGAUUGAAAAGAUCAUUUAAUAUCAUCCGCACUGAACUUUCAAAGGUGUCAAGAGACAGUUACUAUUUAACUGCUGCAGGAUUCAAAGUGUAUAAUGGAUAGAUUCACAGGUGUUCUCCAAGCUGUACUGCCGAAGUCUCUCACGAGGCAGAAGAAGACCAACCCACCUUAUGAUCAAUAUAGCCACGUACCGAAAGAAGAGGAAUCUUUCACCGAAGAAGAUUUCGAGUUUGGGGGAAAAGCUUACACGUUAGGCGUGGACAACGAUGACAAGACGGAGGAGCAGACUAACGAAAAAGAAGGAGCAAAAGAAGAAAGGGAAGAAAUAGAUAUUAAUGAGAAAAAAGGAAAGACCUCAAGCCUGCAAGCUGCCUGGAAUAUUUCUAAUCUUAUACAAGGUACAGGCACCCUAGGCAUUCCUUAUGCCGUGAGUAAAGGAGGCUAUCUGUCUCUUGCUGCAAUCGUCCUUAUCGCUGUUGUUACUAACUACACGGGAAAGUUGAUCGUCAGGUGUUUGUAUGAUGCACCAGUGGCACCAGAUCAGGGAGAAAAGGGUCGGCGAAUCAGGAAAAGCUACGCAGAACUGGGUCAUUCAUGCUGGAAGCGAAAUGGAGCCCUCCUAGUAUGCGGCGCACAAGUCCUGCAAACGACGUGCGCAUGCAUACUCUACGUAUUACUAGUAGCAGAUUUCUUCAACGAUGUCUAUGAAAAAAGACCCAUCUCGCUGACGGCCUGGACCGUCCUUGCAGGGCUGUUGCUUCUUCCUUCCGUCUUUAUCAACCAGUUAUCUCGAAUCUCCUGGUUGAGUAUGUUCAGCGUCUUUGCUCUGUUUGUGGUCUUUGUGACCGUUAUGGGGUAUGGGCUUACACAGAGGCACACCUGGAGUGUUCACAUGCCGCUGUCUACUUUAGAGGGGUUUCCAGUAGCUUGGGGCAUCAUUCUGUUCAGCUUCGUCAGUCAUCCCUAUCUCCCAGGAAUCGAAGAAAAUAUGGCUUCCCCUGAGUCUUUUGACUCAGUUAUGAACUACUCAUCCUGCAUUUCAGCGAUCACUAAGGUGGCUUAUGGAUUCAUAGCCGUCCUGACCUUCAAGGACAGCACCAAGCAAGAAAUAUCCGAGAACCUCCCACCUGGGGUACUCGAGAACUCGGCCAACGCCCUUCUGGGUCUGAACGGAUUGUUUUCCUUUGCUCUUCCUUCCUUCACGCUGUUCAAUAUCUUAAACAAAAUGAAGUUAUCAUGCCUACCACGUUGUUUCCCUGACGACGACAACCCCUUGAGUCGCCUGGAAAAAUUCCAAGUUUAUACCCUGCGAAUGUUAUUCGUUGGUGUCACAGUGUUGAUCGCUAUU